AUGGAACAAAAAAAUUCUUAUGUUUCAUCAACCACCAAGACUGCCUCUGAGGGUUACAAGCAAAGCUCUCGUACUGUGCAAAACAAGUCUGGUAAAAUAUUCAUAGAUACUGACGUUCAACCCCAAUCCGGAGACACGAUCUUAGACCUCGGUUGUGGCACAGGAGAGCUGUCUGCAUAUCUUGCUCAGCUUGUUGGAAACAGUGGAAAGAUUGUGGGUGUUGACCCUGACAAAGAACGCCUAGAACUUGCUAAAAAAUCACACAGUAAUAUCGACAAUCUUUCCUUUGUCGAGGGGAGCUCUGCAAACUUCCCAGGUAUGGGCUCAGAAUCCUACGACGUUAUCUUCAGCAACUACGUGCUGCACUGGAUCCCAGACAAAUCCAAUGCAUUCCGGAAUAUGUACGCUAGCCUGAAGCGGAAUGGUCAUGCCAAAAUUGCAGCUCAGUACGGCAGCUAUUUUUUCCCAUUCAUGACAAGCGCCUUUAAGGAACUGAAUCCAGAAAAUGCCGAACAUUUACUUGGUAUGUUCAAUUUUGAAGCGAGGUCAGCGAUCGAGCAAUAUUGUUCAGCAGCCGGGUUUGGCAUUGUCAAAAGUUAUGAUGCUCAGAUCGCACAAUAUGUGUUUGAGAGCACUGAGGCGCUUUUGAAGUGGCUUUGGUCCACUACACAUGGUGCUUUUGAUCCUUCGCUAGUAACCGAAGAUCGCUUACAGAAUUACUAUCCAUAUUCAAGUCGAAAUGGUCAACCUCCAUUUGAUUUCAGCGGAAUUGAAGAGGAGUCAACUAUUUGUCGAUUGGUGGCCAACAAACAAGUUUCUUAG